AUGGAGUUUUUUCCACCAAAUCUGCAUACCACCACCUGUCAAACUGCCAGCAAGAAGAGUGCAAUAGCAAACCGUCUACAUCUGCUCCCUCGUCCUCCUGGAAUCAAGUCCCCACCAAGGUCUGGAAGCGUGUGCGGUCUUGCCAAACUCUUUCGAAGAUUAGGAGCUUCUUAUGGAGAAGCUGCGCCCAGGGUCUGGCUACAGGGGAAGCUCUCCAAAAAAGGAAGAUUCUCGCUGACCCUUCCUGCCAACGCUGCAAAUCCUGCAAUAAAGGGAACGAAAAUACAAGCUGUCAUGUUCAAUGGCACUGUAGAUAAAUUUGAUGAAAUACUAUUUAUUGGGAAGAGCUAUUUUAUAAGUAAUGGAUUGGUUAAAAGAGUAAAUCCAAAUUUCAAAAGCGUGAAUACUGAAUAUGAAUUGACUCUAAACAACACAUCAGUUGUUGAAGAAGUUGAGGAUUGUAUGAAUGUUACAAACAUGAUAUACAAUUUCGUUAAGCUGAGCGAAUUGAAAAAUCAUAGUAACAAGGAUAAAAAUUUAUUUGAUGUUGUUGGAAUCGUUAUAAAUGUUAAAAAUUUGGGAAGCAUAAUAACAACAAAAAACAAUGACAAAAGAAAUAAAAGAGAAAUUGAGAUCAUUAAUAUGGAGUCUGAUCCAAUAAUGUUGACAGUGUGGGGAGAAUAUGCAACAAAUAAAGAGAGUAAAUUAAUGGAUAUUCAAUCAGAAAAACUUGUUGUUGCAUUCUCAUCAAUUGCAGUAUCAAAAUAUCAAGGAUUCUCUUUUUGUUCAACUGGAUCAACGAUAAUUGAGAUAAAUCCUGACAUUUCAGAAUCAAAAGAAUUACAAAAAUGGUCAACAAUAGAAAUUGAAAUUAAGAAAAUAAAGCAAACCAAAUCAAGAGAUACAAAAUACACAGAAGCAGAGCAUGACAAGUGGUUCUAUAUUAAAGGAAUGACAACAAAGAUCGAGAAUGAAGAACCCUGGUACAACGCAUGUGCUAAUUGUAAUAAGAAGAUCCAAUCAAGAGGAAAUAGUGUAACAUGCGAUAAAUGUGGAAAGGAAGAUGUACAAUGUAGACCAAAGUACAUGGUAAGAUUCAGGGUUACAGAUUCAUCAGACACAAUAACUAUUACAAUAUUUGAUGAUAUUGAAACAGUUAUAGGUUGCUCAGCAAGUGAAUAUGUGGAAUCAACAGAGAAGUACAAAAAUAAAUUACAUUCUUGCGUGUCCAAGAUUUACUAG